UAACUCAGACAAGCACACAAACAGUAGCGGAAGAGACCUGAGCGACAGCUCCCUUUAAAAAGAAGUCCAGUUCUGUCCACCACUGUCCCAAGAUGUUGGUCCAAAUCCUCCUACCGCUUUGUGUUUUCUUCGUCAUCUAUACUUUCAUGUGCCGAAGGCCCAAGAAUUUUCCACCUGGACCUAUAAUCUUGCCUGUCCUGGGAAACAUCUUGAGCUUUAGUUUGGCGAACCCCCUGCAGGACUUUGAGAGGCUGAGAAAAGCAUAUGGGAAUGUCUACAGUGUGUACCUCGGUCCGAAACCAGCGGUUAUUAUCAACGGCGUCCAUGCUUUGAAGGAGGCUUUAGUAUCGAAGGCUACCGAUUUUGCUGGACGGCCCCAAGAUCUUUACGUGAAUGACACCACCAACAGAAAAGGAGUGAUCCUGGCUGACUAUGGUACGAGUUGGAAGGAGCAUCGUCGCUUUGCUCUGAUGACGUUGAGGAACUUCGGUCUCGGGAAGAAUUCAAUGGAGGAAAGGAUUCUUGCAGAGAUUCAGUUCAUCAUGAAUACACUGGAACAGAGCAUUGGCAAAACCUUGAGUCCUCAACUUAUGUUCCAUAACGCGUCCUCCAACAUCAUUUGCCAGGUUCUGUUUGGUAAACGCUACAAUUAUGAUGACGAGUUCAUCAAAGUGAUUGUUCAAUGUUUCACUGAGAAUGCCAAGCUGGCUAAUGGACCAUGGGCAAUGCUCUAUGACUCCUUCCCAAUGAUUCGUGGUCUGCCACUUCCCUUCAUGAAGUCUUUUGAGAACGUCAAGACUUGUCAAAAACUUGCAAGGCGUGUGUUGGCCGAGCAUAAGAGUACCAGAAUCCCUGGUGAGCCACGAGACUUUAUGGACUGCUAUCUGGAUGAACUGGAAAAGCAAAGUGAUAAAGAAAAUUGCACAUUUUCAGAGUCCCAACUCCUCAUGUACGCUCUAGACAUUCACUUUGCUGGGACAGACACCACCUCCAACACCCUCCUGACUGCCUUCCUCUAUCUUAUGACCCACCCACAUAUACAAGAGCGUUGCCAACAGGAGAUAGAUGAGGUGUUGGAAGGGAAGGAUCAAGUGUGUUUUGACGACAGAAAUAGCAUGCCAUACAUGCAGGCUGUCAUCCAUGAAGUGCAGAGAAUAGCCAACACAGUGCCACUUAGUGUCUUCCACUGCACAACAAAAAACACAGAGCUAAUGGGAUAUUCCAUUCCUAAGGGUACAAUGAUCAUCCCAAACCUGACCUCUGUGCUGCAUGAGGAAGACCAAUGGAAAUUUCCUCAUGAAUUCAACCCUGAAAACUUCCUCAAUAGCAAGGGAGAGUUUGUAAAGCCUGAAGCUUUCAUGCCAUUUUCUGCAGGUCCACGCAUGUGUCUUGGUGAGGGUCUGGCUCGUAUGGAGCUCUUCCUCAUCAUGGUGACUCUGCUGAGGAAAUUCAAGUUCAUCUGGCCUGAGGAUGCUGGAGAACCAGACUUCACUCCGGUCUAUGGAGUCACGCUCACUCCCAAGCCUUAUCAUAUGAAGAUCCAACUAAGGUCCUUGCAGUGAAAUUGAACACAGACAGUUGUUGAUCAAAAUGCCGUGGCAUUCUAAUACGGCCUUUUUUUUUUUAACCAUAGCAGUGAUUUUUCAACUCAUGGGUUGUGACCCAAAAGUGGGUCACAGAGCUGUUUUUAGUGGGUCGCCAUUCUUGCUCCCCAGUAAUGGUCAAAAAAUAUUGAAAUAUGUAGUAUUCUGAUCACUAGGUGUCAGUAAUGUUACAUUGCUGAGACACUACAUUAUACUGUAUUAGAUGGCAUGUCCAACAUGACACAGUAAAAAUAAGUUCUCCUCCCAUUUCAUGUGGAAGUGGUAUAAUUUUGCUUCUUACAUUGUCUUUCUUCCCCACUUCAAUUGUAAACCUUUUGAAUUUGAGGCAAACUACUUAGCUUGGUCGCAUGUUCAAAGCAGCGUCUGUCGCUUGUACCCCUGCAGUGAUCCCGAAACAUGUGCAAUACGGUUAAGUAAAGUGUUGUAAACAAAAAAUAUUAGCAAGUGUAAAGAUGAUAAUGGUAAAAAAAAAGUGUAUUUAGAAAGCCAUAAACGACAAAAAUAUUUCAUUUAUAAAUAUUGAAUCCAGGUGGCACGGCGGUCAAGUGGUUAGCGCCAGACCUCAAAGCUAGGAGACCAGGGUUCAAUUCCACCCUCUGUGUGGAGUUUGCAUGUUCUCCCCGUGCAUGCCUGGGUUUUCUUCGGGUACUCCGGUUUCAUGCUAGGUUAAUUAGCGACUCCAAAUUGUCCAUAGGUAUGAAUGUGAGUGUGAAUGGUUGUUUGUCUAUAUGUGCCCUGUGAUUGGCUGGCGACCAGUCCAGGGUGUACCCCGCCUCUCGCCCGAAGACAGCUGGGAUAGAAUGAAUGAAUAUUGAAUCCUAUUCACUUAUGGGUAUGGAAUGAAUUAACUGCAAUAAUCAUUAGGGAGACUAGCAGUUAGCUUUAGCCAUACAGCACUGACAAUUGAAGCUUAGCCUUUAUUAGGGUGAGAGGUUGAUCGUGCUGUGGACUUAUCACCAAUCAAUAACAGGUGCACCAGGGUUCAGAUUAUGGAGCAUGCUCACUUGAUCAAAAAAUAAAUUUUUCUCUAAAGUGGAAGUCUGAUUUAAGAACGGUACUUCUAUUGCAGAAGCACUGACAUGGUUAUUUAAUAGUUUACAAAUCCACCCACUGGUCUCCAUUUAAAGACAUGGAAAUAUUUCUGAAAAACACGAUAUAUGAUGAAUUAUGUGGUGUGUUCUUAAGAAAACAUACACUGGUAAAUGCCACAUUUUUCUUAAACAGUGAUUUAAUAAAUGAGAUUUAAGAAUGCAAUUUGUCAUAAGCACAUACUUUACUGGAAGCCCAACAAAGAUGGAACUGCAACCGGAUUCAUUUUUCAUCUUGUAGUUUACCUCUGACCCACUCACACCCAUGUUUUUGUUGUGGUAUCGUUUUGUGGUUUCAGUUGUAUUUACAACCCAACCCUCUCACUCCUAUUCUUCUGCUGUCAGUGUUGCCGACAGGGGAGACAAAUGUCUUCUGCUACAAAUACAUUUUUCCCAUUGCACGUACAGUUGCACAUUAUAUAGUAAUAACAAAUACAAAAGUUAUAUCAGGCCACAUUUUGGGGUUUGUGACCGUGAACUCUGUGCUUACACGUCUGUGCUUCUAAAGUAAAGAGAACGGAU